AUGGUUUCGUUUUUCUACCACGACAACUUGGAUACGCCAGAAAAUUUCACUGACGAACAUGACUCGGGCAUCCCCGUUCCGCCAGAAAAGUUGGCAGAGCUUGGUGUGAUCUACCGCUACAUAGACAAUAUGCCCGAACUAGAAGCCUUGGCCAAGGAAAGAGACUACAAGAACCGGGACCAGGUCAAGCUCAACUUGGAAUCUUUUGGUGGCGACAAAGAGGCGUACGAUGCUAAGAUGCGCCAGUUCUACAAAGAACACUAUCACGAAGACGAAGAGAUUCGGUACAUUGUUGACGGCGAAGGCUACUUUGAUGUGAGGGAUCGGGGCGACCGUUGGAUCCGGGCCAAGUUGACCAAGAACGACUUGUUGAUUUUGCCUGCCGGGAUCUACCACCGCUUUACGCUUUCGAGCCGUUUGAAGAAUGUCACGGCAUUGCGUCUUUUCAAAGAUGAGCCAAAGUGGGAGGCCAUCAACAGAGACGAAGGCCGUUUGACGGAAGCAAGACAACAGUACGCGAGAUCUAUUGCUGUUUAG